AUGUCGUUGCCCAGCCUGCCUGCAGAAGUCAGGCACAUGAUACUCGAAGCUCUGGUCAAAGAUGGCCGUGAGCUGGCGAGCUUUGCUGUAGUGUGUCGAGAGUGGCAGGCAGUCAUCGAACGACAGACGUUCAAACGGAUCAGAGUCACUCCGUCACGCAUUGCCCAGCUAAAUGACAUGACCCGGCGCAACCGAUCGCAUGUGCGGUACCUGUGGCUCUGCGCGGAAUUGGAACGCUAUGGUUGCGACAGCUGUUCACCCACUGGUGAAAACAAUGACGCUCCAAUGUUCAACAGCGCCGCAGACGAUCUCCUCAUCAAGACGGCCGUCCAGUCUCUUUUCUCCGUCCUUAGCACCUGGGAUUCAAGCAGCUCUUUGACACUCGAUAUCAGUGUCUAUUCGACCAGUGAUCGAGAGCACUGGUUCAAUUAUCUGACCUUUGAACCAGACGACGGUGAAGAUGAUGCUCCAUCGAAGCGAGGCUAUUCUCAUGUUUCACGGCCCAACCAGACGGUCCCUUGCGAGAAUGGGGAUGAACGGCACCGUUGGGAAAUCACUAAUGAGAGCCUUUUCAAGGCUCAGGCUGCAGUCCAAACCGUCUUCACCCGAAUCUUGGACGAAGAGCCAGACGAUUCCGACGAUGAGGAGAUGGAUGGCCUUGACUGGUGGAGAGAGUUACCACUGGUGCCGGCCAUCACGCGUCUGCUCCUGCGUCAAGAAACCCGCCGGCGCUGGGCGCCCGAAGAUCUGGCUGAGCUGCUCGCCCGCUUUCCAAGAUUGUGUGAGCUGCACUUUGAACCAUGGAGGGAGUGGGAUGACAUGCUCCAGACUUACAGAGAUGAAGGAUACAUGACGCUCCUCGAGUCUCCUAGCAUUCGAAGGCUGAAUAGACUCAGCCUGUUCGAGAAUUUCAACCAGCACUACCCGGAUGCUUACUGGCGACUGGACUGCUCACUCAUUCGUCCCCCAAACCCUGACCUUGGUCGAAUCCUCUCUGAAGUUGGUGGCAAUCUUGAAUCUCUCUCAGCAUCCUUCAUGGUGGACGCAGAUGACUUCUUUGCCUUGGACGAGGGUCACCCUCGGAAAAGGUGGCCCAAUUUGAGACGUCUGAUCCUAACUUCACAGCUGUUGGCGCCUGAUGAAGAUGAGAUGCGACUUACGGACAUGCUUCGAGCAGCAGCAAGAGCGGCUGCUCAUAUGCCAAAGCUUGAGACGUUGCAGAUAUGGACUGGGCGAAAGGGCCUUGCCGCGCUCUUCAAGUAUGAGGCUGCUACAGAACAAGGCCAGGCUUCUACCAUUACCUGGAAGGGUACCUGGGUGUCUCUUUUACAUGAUUCCGUCAUUCAAGCUUGGCAAUCUGUGGCGGCUGAGCGCUCACAACUUGGACUGAGAGUGGUUUAUGAAAGUAUUGGCGUUGACGAGGUUCGAUCUCAUGGCGAUGCGAUGCUUCUCCUGGAGCUUCCAGAGGUGGUCAUAAGACGCGUUUCGCUACGGCAAAUUUUGAAUGAACAGAUGCAUCUACCACUCAAGGUUCGUUCAUCCCAUGAGCCGAGCUGGUUUCUGUGUACUCACCAUGUAUAG